UGUCAACUUGUGAUGGUGUAUGGUGACGUUUUCGAUAUAUGCGCGACUACGUUGGGAUAGGAUUAUUACGAAUUCGUUAAAAAACCGGGUGUAAUUCCCGGUGUUUGUGUACUUGGUGACAUGAUUAUGUGUUUUCUAUUUUUGUGUGCAAACAUUUUAUGAUAGUUUUCGUGUGGAAAAUUAUACUAAUAGACACCGAAUGUCGUCCAAAAUGUCGCUAAUCUCCUAUGUGGUCUGCGCUUUAGUGCUAUUGACACCUAUUAGAGCCUUUUAUUUACCCGGACUAGCUCCUGUAAACUAUUGCAAAGCCGGAGAAGAUAGUAAAUCUUGUAAAAAUGAGAUACCUCUCUAUGUCAAUAGGUUGAACACCGAAGAAUCGGUAAUACCAUUCGAAUAUCACCAUUUCGACUUCUGUCUUUCUGAUGAGACCCAAUCGCCAGUCGAGAACCUCGGUCAAGUUGUUUUCGGUGAAAGAAUAAGACCGAGCCCAUACACAUUAAAUUUCCUGCAAGAUGAGACUUGUAAGAAGGUAUGUAAGAAAGAAUACAAAGGCUCCGAUCCAGAAUCAAUUAAGAAGUUAAACCUGCUCAAAAUGGGAAUGGCACUCUACUACCAACAUCACUGGAUCCUUGACAACAUGCCAGUAACAUGGUGCUAUCUUGUCAGCGAUGGUGGUAAAACAUAUUGCAGCACUGGAUUCCCAAUGGGUUGUCAAGUCAGGAAAGAUUUGGACACAUGCACACCCAUAGUGAACACAGCGUCAAGUCAGUUCGGUACUUACUACCUGUUUAAUCACGUGGAUCUCGAAAUUACCUACCACAGUGGUGGGGAAGAGGACUGGGGGGUCGGUUUUCGUGACAAUGGCGGAAGAAUCAUAUCAGCAAAGGUUAAACCAGCCAGCAUAAAACAUAAAGACCCAGACAAACCCGACUGUAGUGUUCGAAACAGUCCCUUAGAGAUACCUAACACUCUGUCUAGCGGUGAGACAUUCACAAUCGGAUAUUCCUAUCGAGUUACAUAUAUCAAGAACAAUACAAUAAAAUGGUCAUCAAGAUGGGACUACAUUCUGGAAUCGAUGCCUCAGACAAAUAUCCAAUGGUUUUCGAUUUUAAACUCGCUCGUGAUAGUACUCUUUCUUAGUGGUAUGGUGGCAAUGAUAUUGUUGAGAACUCUGCACAAGGAUAUCGCUAGAUAUAAUCAAAUGGAGUGCGGAGAAGAUGCUCAGGAGGAGUUUGGUUGGAAACUUGUUCAUGGUGACGUGUUCAGGCCUCCACGUCGCGGCAUGCUGUUAGCAGUGUUCCUUGGCUCAGGAUCUCAGGUGUUCGCCAUGACGCUGGUGACGCUGGCGUUCGCGUGCCUCGGCUUCCUGUCGCCGGCCAACCGCGGCGCGCUGAUGACGUGCGCGCUGGUGGCGUGGGUGCUGCUGGGCGCCGCGGCCGGCUACGUCAGCGCGCGCGUCUACAAGAGCUUCGGCGGCCGCCGCUGGAAGAGCAACAUCCUGCUCACCUCCAUGGUGUGCCCGGGUGUGGUGUUCUCGUUAUUCUUCAUAAUGAAUCUAGUGCUGUGGGGUAAAGGCUCUUCGGCAGCAGUGCCGUUCUCGACCCUGGUCGCUCUGCUGGCUCUCUGGUUCGGUGUAUCCGUGCCACUAACUUUUAUAGGCGCUUACUUCGGAUUCAGGAAGCGGAUUCUGGAGCACCCUGUACGCACAAAUCAAAUACCGCGUCAGAUCCCUGAACAGUCGUUGUACACUCAGCCCAUACCCGGCAUCGUGAUGGGCGGUGUUUUACCAUUUGGAUGCAUCUUUAUACAACUGUUCUUUAUACUUAACUCGCUUUGGUCUAGCCAGAUGUACUACAUGUUUGGUUUCCUGUUUCUCGUGUUUGUGAUUCUGGUGAUCACAUGCUCCGAGACCACCAUUCUGCUCUGUUAUUUCCACCUCUGCGCUGAAGACUACCACUGGUGGUGGAGAGCCUUCCUCAGCUCGGGGUCUACAGCCGGCUACCUCUUCAUAUACUGUUGCCACUAUUUCAUUACCAAAUUGAAUAUUGAUGAUGCAGCUUCGACUUUCCUAUACUUUGGAUACACAUUUAUAAUGGUAUUCUUAUUCUUCCUGCUAACAGGCACCAUUGGCUUCAUGGCCUGCUUCUGGUUUGUCAGGAAAAUAUAUAGUGUAGUUAAGGUCGAUUAAAUGUUUAAGUGGUAGUUUAAGGGUUACAUUGGUACAGCGGUGAUGUGUGAAAUUGUACAUUGAGAUGACUUAUUGUUAGUCUCAAUAAUCUUUUUAUUUCAAAAUUUUUAUUACCAUGUCAUCAUAUUUAAAUUUAGUAUUUGUCUUCUUUCAGUCUAUGUAAAUUUAAAGUUAACGAUUUUCAUAAUUUAUUUUGCGGAAAUGACAAUAUUAAUAACGGUAUUACUUGUAUUAAAAGGUAGUAAGAUUGAUUUGAAUUGGAAGUAAGGUGUAAUUCGUCAUGGCUAGAUUACUAUAAAUUAUCGCCACGACGAGACGAGAGACUGCUGUACACAAUGUGAUUUGUAUAGAUAUUUCUAUCGUAAAUAAACUGAUAGUCAUACUGUCGUCUUAAUGUCCAUUUAUUUUAGUUGUAAGUUUUGAUUGUAAAGUCCUAACGGGAAAUUUAUUAUAUAUUUUUUAAAAUACUUUUUAUUUUAUGGAAAUUAUGAACAUAUGGUCAGUAAAAGAAUUAUAUAAAUGUUUUAGCAAAUUGUCAAUUUUUUUUUAUGUUAUGCUAACUUCUCGCUGAAAUAGCAUUUAUUUAUAUAAUUUAUGUUUCAAUGUAAAUAAUAUACAAUAUGGGACUGUAACAGUUAAAUUGUUGUGUUAACUUUAAUAUGCACAAUUGAAAUCAUUAACUAUGCAAAUUACUUCGAAAUAGGUUUUUACAUUGUAGGUACUUAAAAAAAGUCAAUGUGUGAGAAGUUACUCGUGUGAUUUGCAAAACAAACUGUAGUGAAAUUUAAUCUACAGGUUUAGUGUUCCACCGCACGGAGGUUAACUAUCUCUAAAUAUUUUAAAAUCACCAUUUAAAUUGGAUGUCAUACAUUUUGUAUAGCUUUAUGUGAUGACAUAUACUAUGAUGUUAUUUAAGUAUGUUUGUGUCAACUAAGAUUGAGCACAUAUAAAUGUGUCAUGGUGUUGUUAUUAUCUUGAGUUUUUCUAUAACUUUUUGUCACUUUGUUUACAAAACAAAUUCAUUAGAAAUUUAUAUUGCAUUGAUUUCAUGUUCAUACUACCAGUUAAUAAUUUAUGUUAUAUUGUGAUUAUUUACUAUACUUUGAGCGUUACUUUAAGAUAUAUAUAUUUCGUAAAGACUAUGUUAGAUAUGUGUUUAAGUUGCUUUAACACUUCAAUACAGUUGAUUAAACAAUAAAUUGACUAUUUUAAAAA